AUGGCAUACCGCAACCUUCGCAGCUAUCCUAGCGACGGCUCUAGCGCUAGAUGGCCUAGAGAUCAAGCCAAUGUUCUUGUUGACCCUCCUGUCGACUUCCUAGCAAGUCUGGAGCGCUUUUUCCACCGCCAGUACACCUUCAGCGAUAUGCCUCAGGGCUAUGCUGUCUUCAACCAUACCCGCAACGACCAGACCACUAGAGCCCACGACACGCACAUCUAUGGCCACAAGGAGGGCCACUACGUCUCGGCCAGAGAAUUUGGUCCCCACUUCUGUUGUCUUGCGAGAGUUAUGGCUGGUAUCUGCACUUGCAAGAAGUGUAGAUCAGGCCGUCGUAGGGCCAAAGCUGCUGCUGCUGCGGCCACCAGAGCACGUAACCCACGCCCUCUACCUCCUACUCAUACGCUCUUCUGGUAA